AUGAUGAGGAGGAAGACAAGUUGCUGGCAGCAGCAGCAGCAGCGCUGCAGCCGCCAGUCUUCUUCUUCGACCUGGGGCACCUGCCCUACCUCUCGCUGCUGCCCCCCAGCAGCAGCAGCAGCAGCAGCAGCAGCAGCAGCAGCAGCAGUGUGGGGUUUGCAAACGCAGAAGAAGCAGCACAAGUUGCUGCUGCUCUUCCUCAAGCUGCCCACAACAGCAAAGGGGGCCCUGCUGCUGCUUACCUGCGGAGCUGUCUGUACACCUCAAGUACGCGCUGCCGCUUCGCCCCACAGCUGCUGGCCAAAGCAGCAGCAGCAGCGCAGCAGCAGCAGCAGCAGCAGCAGCAGUCUGCUGCUGCUGCUGCUGCAGCCGAAGGCGCAGUUCGAGUGCUGCCGCCCCACCCUGUGGGUGGAGGCACUGUGGGGCCUCCGGUGUACGUACACCUCAUGUCUAAGGAGGAGCAGCAGCAGCAGCUUGCUGCUGCUGCUGCUGCAGCAAGAGACAGCGCCUGCUGCAGCAGCAAAAGGCCCAUGGAGGAAGUGCUCAGGGAAAUUAUGGAGGCGCAGGCCGCCCGGAGACAGGAGACGGAGCUGCUGCUGCAGCAGCACCAAGAGAGGCAGCAGCGGCAGGCGCAGCAGCAGCAGCAGCAGCAGCAGCAGCAGCAGCGCAGCGCAACGCAGCAGUGGGUGGAUCUUUACAGGGCUAAAAGGCGCUGGCGCAGCAGGGAGCAGCAGCAGCAGCAGCAGCAGCAGCAGCAGCAGCAGAACCAGCAGCAGCAGCAGCAGGAAGCAGAGAGAAUGUUAUUCAGUCAAGCUGCUGCAGCAAAAGGACGAGCGCAACAGAGAUGUUUUGAAAAGGUAA